AUGCACUGGGCCAACCAAAGUCAUGUGACCGAGUUCAUUCUGGUGGGUUUCCCUGGCGUCCUGGAGCUGCAGCUCCUGCUCUUCUUGAUGUUCCUUCUGGCCUAUGCACUGACAGUGAUAGAGAAUACGGUGAUCAUCAUGCUAAUCUGGGCCAACGUCCCACUCCACAAGCCCAUGUACCUCUUCCUGGGGAAUCUCUCUUUCCUGGAGAUCUGGUACAUCUCAGUCACAGUGCCCAAGAUGCUAUUGAGCUUUGUAACAAAAAGGAAAAGUAUCUCCUUUAUUGGGUGUAUGGCCCAGCUCUACUUCUUCCUGGCCUUGGCCUGCACUGAGUGUGUCCUCCUGGCCGUCAUGGCCUACGACCGCUACGUGGCCAUCUGCAACCCGCUGCGCUACUCAGCCAUCAUGAGCCAGACUCUCUGCAUCCGCCUGGUGGCUGGGUCCUGGCUGAGUGGCUUUCUCAUCUCCAUGUGGAAGGUCCUCUUCAUCUCGCGUCUGACCUUCUGUGGGGCCAACAUCAUCAACCACUUCUUCUGCGACGUGUCACCGCUGCUCAACCUGGCCUGCACCGACAUGUCACUGGCAGCACUUGUGGACUUCCUGCUGGCCCUGCUCAUUCUCCUGGGGCCUCUCUCCAUUACCGUGGCCUCUUACAUCUGCAUCAUCUCUACGGUUGUGCGCAUCCCCUCAGCCAAGGGGCAUCACAAGGCCUUUUCUACAUGUGCCUCCCACUUGCUGGUGGUCACCAUCUUCUAUGCUUCCUCCCUCUUCAUCUAUGCCAGACCUCGGGCCAUAAGUUCCUUUGACUCCAACAAGCUGGUGUCCGUCAUCUACACAGUUCUGACACCCCUCCUCAACCCAGUCAUCUAUUGCCUGAGGAACGAGGAAUUCAAGGACACCCUGAGGAAAACAGUGCAUGGCAUAAAAGUCUUCUCCUUGUCUGGGACUUUCCAAGAUGGCCUAAGGGAUUCCCAUUCUUUAACUCACUAA